AGUCAGCGAAACUACACCCGACACUGGCCUAGCGGAGUGGUCCGAUAGCGCGUUUGCAUUCCGCUGACGCUCACAGCUCACAGCACGACAGUCAGUGCAUGACACUCGCAACCCGCGGUUGUUUGCGCACAAGCGCGGCGAUGUCGCGACUUCUAGCCUUUUUAGCGCUUUGCGCAUUGAAUGGUUUCGCUACAGCCGAAAAUCAAGCUUUGUGCAAUAUAACUUAUUGUGUGUGCAUACCAGCGAAACACCCUUCCCAAAUCAGCGUCAACUGCACCGUUCCUGAGGACAAGGCACUUAACCUCACCGAAGAUGACCUCCCGGUAAAUACCGAUACCCUGAUUAUAUCUGGAGCCCAGGCUGUCAAGAUUGAAGUGAGCACGCUGAGUAAACUUAAGGACAUCCGAUAUAUUCAUAUUUUUCGCGUCGACUACGUCACAAUCAAAAGCUUCGCAGCCGUGAAUCUGAACAUCGUUAACCUCUACUUGGACGUCGAGAGAUGUGUGUCCGUGGAAAUUGAACCAAAGGCCUUUAACAAAAUUAAAGGGCCAUUAUCUGUAGGCAUACGAGACGUAAAAAUGGUAACUUUGGGAGCAGAAGCGUUCUCAUGGCUCCUUUCUGUGGAUAUUGAAAACGUAAAUAAAUUGACACUGGGAACCGCCGCAUUCAUGCUGGACCCGACCGCAGCAAAUGUAGGAGAGCAUGGACCAGGGAUGUCGAUUCGCUUAAGAAACAUUCAUAAUACCGAAUUUCCGGAUCAGGUGUUUGGAUCAUCGGCUGCCUUGAUUUCUUUAGAACAAGUCGUAGUUGGGACUGUGCACGCCGGAGCCUUUUCAGCCAAUACCUAUAAUAUUGUUAUGGCAAUCAAUUGUACGUUUGUUCGGAUUAGAGGAUACUCUUUUGCGUCUAAAUCCCUCAUAAACAAUUUGCACCUUACGGGUUGCCGAGUUAAACAUCUCGAAUCCAAUGCAAUUCAAUCAGCAGUCGCGAAACUUAAAGUUGUGAAAACCAGAUUUGAAAAAAUAGAGACCGGUGCGAUAAACGCCACUGUCGUUGCAGUCGUUAUAGUCGAUUGUGUUUUCCGUAUAUUUAACGAGAGAGGCUUUGAACUAUCUUCAUGGAAUAAACUUCAAAUGGAACGGAAUUCGUUUGAUGAGCUGGCCCCCAAUGCCAUCGUCGCUCCAGGUGGAUCUAUCCAUGAAUUACUAUUUGUGGAUAAUGAAAUAGAAAAGAUUAAUUCUGGUAGCAUUGGAUUCAUUGGUAAAGCAUAUGCUACUAACGCAGAUAAUGUUAUUUAUAAAAGUAAUUAUUUUGGACAACCGUGCCAUUGUAAUUUAACAUCAUGGUUGGCUAAAGGAUUAAAUGCUAAUUCAGGGGAACCUUUCGAAAAUGAAAGUUACUGUACUGUUGAUGAGUUUUUUGCUCGCUGUUUUAAUGUUCCUGAGCAGAAUAUGAUUUUUAAAAAGUUUUACGACAACGUGUGCACUGACAAUUUAAGUAUUCAAUGUGAAACAUAUAAAAGCAAAGGACUAGGAGCCAAAACUGAAAUAAAAAAUCCAAGGUUCCCUCAUAAGAAAGAAGAUGACGAAGGAAUAAGUGAUAGAGAUAAAAAGGUUAUUGGUAUAGUUAUUGUAACAGCUUUAGGAUGCGUAAUUAUUGUUAUGUUCAUAAGUUUUAUUAGAUGGAUGAGACACAGGGGUUACUGUGUUAACAUAAAGAAUUUUAUAUCUUCAAAUUCAUCGUGUGGCACCAUUUGCGACCGACUGUGUAUUUGCAGAACUAACAACGGACUAGAUAAUGCUAGGUCUAUUUCACAAUUAUCUGUCAACGAGUACUCAGAACGUCAUUGCUUGAAUGAGCCUCGUGUUCAAGAAGUUAUUCAGGAAACUGCUAUACCCAACGUCUAUACUGAAGAUAUUGUAGCGACGGAAAACAAAACAACCCAAACGUUGCCGGAAGAACUUACCAAAGAGUUGUUAGAAAAUUUGAAAGAAAAGCUUGAGGACCCAGAAAAUUACGUUGAGGCUCGUGAAAUGAUAGAGCAUUUGUAUGAACUUAUUAAAGUAGAAGAAAACUGUAACAAUAAUUCUCCAACACUGCUUAGCAUUGAAGAAAAUAUCUAUGAAUUGCCUUUCCAAAAUACAACUCCAAGAAUUGGAAAGAAUAAAAAGCAAAUGAUAAGCGUUGGAACUCGAACUCCAUCUCUGGAUAAACUGAUGCCAUUAUCGCCUUACAACAGGCAAACUGCGCUGGCACAUGAAUAUUUUGAACCUAAAGAUUUUGCUGUUCAUCUUUACGCAGAAAUAGCCAAUUGCGACAAAGAGAAAAGAACUUUUUUAGGUGCCAUACCCGAUGUAGUUGCCGAGCAAGCAAUUCCAAGAGGUCCUUAUUUACGGGCUGUACGUGACAAAAUUAACUCCAGCGCAAGCGUUUCGCCUUCAACUAAGGCUAUAAAUAAUUCGAUUGCUAGUCCCCAGCAUAUAUCUACAAUAAAAUCUAAUAAAUCUACAGCCUCAAACAGCUCUGGAAAAAUGAUAAAUAGACCAUUACCUGAAAAACCUGCUAUUGAUCCAGGUGAGGGAACGUCAUUUCGGCACGGAUGAGUAAAGGCGCAGGGCUUCCGUACGGCGUUAGCUCGCAAUAAAUGCGGAAAGCGCGAACGAGCAGCGGCAUCAGCACUUGUGGUCUCCGACGAUAUGGAUCUCGAAUUUGAUUUCUGUGUUACAGGAUAAAGCCCCACUCACGAAGGGGUUACGCGCGACGUUUUGUUAACGUUAUUUUGCUGUGAUAUUUAUUUAGUUUGUUUAAUAUUAUUUUGGUUGUUUUAAUACAUUUAAAAUGUGUCAUGCCAGGCACUGCUAUAAGUUUUUUCUUUGUAAAUAUGAAAGGAAAUAUUUAUUUUUAAGUAAUAAUCAAUUACAACUAGAUAUAUCGAUAUCUGCUUUAUCUGUAUGUGCUUUAAUUAACUGAUGUUAAGACGUAUCUAUUUAAUAUGCAUCAAAGCUGCUACUCGCACAAAUUACGUAGAUAUGGUAGGUACCUAAUUUUCAAGUUUAAGGCAUUUAGCUAAAUUGUCAACAUUUCCAACACUCAUACUCUUCGUACCAAAUUUAAGUUACCUAAAUAAUAUUAGUUACGAUUAAUGUAUCAUAAAUACUAUAUCAUUAGCGUCAGUUACGUAUUUUCAAAUACUAUCAUACUAUCGUCCCAGAUCGUCCCCAAAGGUUAGUGAGUGAUUAUAAAUAAUAUACAUAUAUGUUUUAGACAUAUUAUUUUAAUAAAAUAUUUUUCUAAAAAAGAUAUUUAAUAAUUUUACAACAGAGACCGAUUUAAUAACAAAAAAUUAUAUUGACAGCUAUUUACAAAACAAUUUUUGUAACAAAUCUCAGAAGUGACAACUUCAUUUAUUUAUACUGUGGUAUGAUUGUGAUGGUAUAUAAGAACGGCUUUAUCAAAACUAUUUAGCCAUACAGCAACCUUCGUAGCCUUCAUAAGCCUUCAUCGAUUCAUACAUACAUAAAAUAUAUUUUUAUCAUAGUUUUAAUAGAAAUGAUCAUGUAAGCGAGUCAAAUAUUCAUUAUAUCAGGACAUUAUACUAAAUAUAGUAAAAUAUACGUAAGCUUUUGAAAACAAUCUAUUUAUGCAUUCAACUUUUAGUAGAAGUAGGAGAUUUAAAAAUAAAGAUGAUACAAAAAUAUUUAAAAAAAAUAUUUCUGAUGAUAUUGUAUUAGUAUUAAUUGAAAAAUCAAAUAAAUUGUUACUAUAAUAUAUUUAAAUCAUAUUAUAUAUAUCACCUACAUUCAGUAUAGUAACCCAUUCGGGUUUAAAAAUAAAUGUUUUAUUCCAUUGAUGUUUAUGAAAUAAAUGUUGUACGAGC